UUUUGUUCAUCCGACGGCGGAGGCAGCGUAUUGAAUGCCGUGUGCGGUCUUCGUCGAUUGCACAGUGACCGAGCACCGUCUAAGGUUCGGUGAAGCCAGCUUCUGGAAGUUAUUACUGUGCUAGGCUGCAAUUGCUUGGGCGCAGGGAGAGAGGGAGAGAGAGAGUGGAACAGAGGAAAUGCUGAGAGAAACCCUAGCUUCAUCUUCAUCCGCUGUUGAUAAUCAUCCACCGGCUGAGGACGCUUGGGUCCAAACCUACCACAGACUUCUCCCCCAAUGGCGAUCUCUCCCCAUCUCUCACCAGCCAAUCAUCCCUGUUUCAGUAUCUAGAGUUAAUCAGGUUGAUGCACAGCGGCUUGACGUUGAAAUGUCAGCCAUGUUAAAGGAACAGUUGGUUAAGGUCUUCUCUUUAAUGAAGCCAGGAAUGCUAUUUCAAUAUGAACCAGAACUUGAUGCUUUCCUUGAGUUUCUUAUAUGGAGAUUCUCCAUUUGGGUUGAUAAGCCUACUCCUGGGAAUGCUCUCAUGAAUUUGAGAUAUAGAGAUGAAAGAGCUGUUGAGAUGAGAGGAAAAGUUAGAACGGGUUUGGAAGGACCUGGCCUCACUGUUGCUCAGAAACUGUGGUACUGCAUUGCCACUGUUGGUGGUCAAUACAUCUGGGCUCGAUUACAGUCAUUUUCUGCUUUCCGUAGAUGGGGUGAUUCCGAGCAGACACCACUAGCCCGCCGAGCAUGGACUUUAAUUCAACAAAUAGAAGGAAUUUUUAAAGCUGCUUCAUUUGCCAACCUGGUUAUAUUUCUUUACAGUGGAAGGUAUCGGACUCUUAUUGAGAGAGCAUUACAAGCAAGACUCGUCUAUGGGAGCCCUCAUAUGAACAGAGCUGUCAGCUUUGAGUAUAUGAACCGUCAGCUAGUGUGGAAUGAAUUCUCGGAAAUGUUGUUGUUACUCCUUCCGCUUCUCAAUUCAUCAUCCAUUAAAAAUUUUCUUCGACCAUUCUCAAAGGAUAAAUCUUCAAGUUCCGGGGGGGAUGAAACUGUGUGUCCAAUCUGCUUAUUGAGUCCAACUGUUCCAUUUCUAGCUCUCCCCUGUCAGCACAGGUACAUACCAUCUACUGCUACUACUGCCUUCGAACACGGUGUUCUGCAGCUCCAUCUUUCAGGUGCUCCAGGUGCAAUGAGCCAGUUAUUGCCAUGCAACGGCAUGGUGGUUCAAUAAAAAAUAUUACUUGGGAAAAAUAACUUCACGAGGUUGGGAAAGAAAAUGAAUGAAAAAAGGGCUAGGACAGUUACAAAUCCAUAUUGAUGUAUAAAAAAUGCCCAAAAAGUGGCAUUACUAUUCAAGUAAGAAAACAAGUUUCCAUGGGAAGUCACUUGGUUCGUUUCUGUAGAGUAGCUUUCAUUCUUUGGCAACUUUAUAUAUUUCAUUCAAGCUGCCACUUUUCUGAGUGUGCUUCUUUUAACUCUUCUUGCUUUUCUUCUUUCAUUAUCAGUAUUAACUUGGCCCGUUUGAAAGUUAAAUUUGACCUCUUUUUUGUCUAA